ACCGCUGCACCGCGGUGCUGGUGCGGAGCAUCACGCAUUAAUUCACGCGCCUGUUGAACCGGCUCCUUAUCAACCCAAUCAGCGCCGUGGAGGCAGGCUCUCCUCACCACCGCGCAGCUCUCCUCCAUCUCCUCCUCACUUUUCCAGUUGGACAGCAAUCCUGUCGGAGCAGCAAACUUAACCCUCCACACUGACACCGGCACUGAAGAGCUGCAGGGAGGAUUUAAAGCCGUUUUCUCUCACUUUCAGGCUUUCGUCAGCCGAAGCCAGUGGAGUUUUUUUUUAUUUUUAUUAUUAUUAUUAUUUUUCUUCUCUCUCCUCUUCCUUGGUGUUUGUGAUAAGGAAAGGAAGGCAGAGAGAAAUGAUGCAGGAGCCAAGCACGGAGCAGAUCCUACCAGUAAGUACAUCCUGUCAGUGUGAUAUAAGAACCCUGCAGGUCUGGCUGCUGAACAGUUUUAUGAGGCGGUAAAAACGGGACGUCCCCUUUAACGGUCGCGGAGCUACAGUGUGUCUUCCCCGGCGCGUAUGCGGGAGCGGAGCCGUGGGUCUUCCUCUCAGAAUAACACCAACUGGAUGCUGUGCCGAGCGCCUCAGCUCCUCACCCAACGCUAUGGAAGGAUACGACGCCGGUGACCUUUAUCACACCAUGAAUGCAGGCUGUGCCGUCGGAGGAGGACACCACUAACCUUUUCUCCGCGCCCGAGGAUCCGUCCGUCUGCGGAGGGUCGGACACUACAACCAAAUAAACAAAACACAACCUUCAACUACAGGAUGCCAAAGUGGUCCGAGGAGAUGCCCGUGGAUCUGUGGAUGUUCUCGCUGCUGGUGUGGAUUACUUGCGUUCCCUCCGUGUCUGCCACACUUACUGUACUACAGUCCAAAAGUACACACAUGGGAGGGUCGGCGGCCCUGACCAGCGGUCUCCUCGAAGGACAGAGAUUACUGAGCCGCGCCAAGAGAGGAUGGGUCUGGAAUCAAAUGUUUGUGCUGGAAGAAUUUUCUGGACCCGAUCCGAUUCUAGUUGGCAGGCUUCACACAGACCUGGACGUGGGCAACAGAAACAUCAAGUACGUCCUGGCAGGCGAGGGAGCGGGCACAAUCUUCGCCAUCAAUGAGUUGACAGGCGACAUCCACGCCAUGAAGAGACUGGACCGUGAAGAGAAGGCUGAGUACACACUAACUGCCCAGGUCAUUAACGCCGACACAGACCAGCCUCUGGAGCCGCCAUCGGAGUUCAUCAUCAAAGUCCAGGACAUUAACGACAAUCCACCACAGUUCACUGAAGGCCCAUACCGAGUCUCUGUUCCCGAGAUGUCUCCUGUUGGUACCCCAGUGACCCGGAUCACAGCCACAGACGCUGAUGAUCCUGUUUACGGAAACAGCGCCAGACUGGUUUACAGCAUACUGGAGGGGCAGCCCUACUUUUCUAUAGACCCUAAUUCUGCUACCAUUAAAAUCGCUCUUCAUGGGAUGGAUCGAGAGAUGAGGGAGGAGUACCUGGUGGUCAUCCAGGCUAAGGAUAUGGGAGGUCACAUGGGCGGCCUGUCUGGAACCACGACGGUCACUGUCACGUUGACGGACAUUAACGACAAUCCACCAAAGUUCUCCAAAAGUUUGUACGAGUUUGUGAUUCCUGAAGACUUACCAGUGGGGAAAAUAGGCGGGAAAGUGAGGGCCAACGACAGAGACAUCGGAGAGAACGGCAAGUCGACUUAUGGCAUCAUAGAAGGAGACGACCAAGGAACGUUUGAGAUCAUCAUGGAUCCUCAGACUCAGGAGGGACUUCUCCGGCUGAAAAGGCCGCUGGACUACGAGAGCAGACGAGCCUACACCCUGAAGGUGGAGGCCACCAACAUCCGCUUUGAGCCGAACAGCGCCCCCUUCAAGGACACGGCCACGGUAAAGGUUGUGGUUGAAGAUGCCGACGAGCCCCCGGUCUUCUCCAGGCCCAGGUACAUGCUGGAGGUGAAUGAGAACGCACCCAUCAACACCGUCAUCGGCUCCGUCACUGCCAGAGACCCGGACUCCACAGGAAGCCCCGUCAGAUACUUCAUCGAUCGGCACACGGACCUGGAGAGGCAAUUCAACAUCAACGUGGACGACGGCAAGAUAACGCUGGCCAAGCCGCUGGACCGAGAGACCGACAUGUGGCACAACAUCACGGUGACCGCCACCGAAGUCCGAAACCACAGUCAGAUCUCCAGGGCCAUCGUGGCGAUCAGAGUCAUGGACGUGAAUGACAACGCCCCGGAGUUCGCCAGUGAAUACGAGGCCUUUCUGUGUGAAAAUGGAAAGCCCGGACAGGUGAUUCAGACUGUCAGUGCCGUGGACAAAGACGAGCCGGUCCAGGGCCACAGCUUUGGCUACCGCCUGGUCCCCGAGAUGCUGAACAACCCCAACUUCACCAUCAAACACAACCCCGAUAAUUCCAUCAGUGUUCUGGCCAAGCACGACAGCUUCCGACGACAGAAACAGGAACUCUACUUUCUACCAAUCAUCGUAACAGACAAUGGACACCCCCCCUUGAGCAGCACCAACACCCUGACCAUUCGAGUCUGUGGGUGCAGCAAGGACGGAGCCGUGCAGUCCUGCAACGUGGAGGCCUACGUCCUGCCUAUCGGCCUCAGUAUGGGGGCCCUGAUUGCCAUUCUGGCCUGUAUUGUCCUGCUGCUGGUUAUCGUCGUUCUCUUCGUGACACUGAGGAGGCACAAGAACGAGCCGCUGAUUGUCAAAGACGACGAGGAUGUGAGGGAGAACAUCAUUCGCUAUGAUGAUGAAGGAGGGGGUGAGGAGGACACGGAGGCGUUCGACAUCGCCACGCUGCAAAACCCCAACGGCAUCAAUGGCUACUUGCCCCGCAAGGACAUCAAGCCCGACUUACCGUUCAUGCCCAGAGCGGGGCAGCACACAGGCCCCAACGGCGUGGACGUGGAUGAAUUCAUCAACGUGCGGCUCCACGAGGCAGAUAAUGACCCUACAGCGCCACCCUAUGACUCCAUACAGAUCUAUGGAUACGAAGGAUGUGGAUCGGUGGCCGACUCCCUCAGCUCACUGGAGACUGCGUCGUCAGACUCGGACCAGAACUAUGACUAUCUAAGAGAGUGGGGCCCGCGCUUCAGAAGACUUGGGGAUCUCUACUCUGUGGGUGAGAGCGACCGUGAGACCUGACCUUUAGUUUGUUAGGUAAAAAAGACCUUUGUAAUUUUUCUGUCCACAUACUUGUGUAUUAAACGCUAGGGGGUUGCUGGCUUUUAGUAACAGGUGUUUAAAAACAACCAGUCAAAAGAAACAGGAGGUCACUGUUUUGUAUUCUUAUUAGAGUGAAGUAUAGCAGUUGUCAUUCACUACUUCAAGCGCAUUGUAAUUGUUAAGCCAAAUAGUAUUUUUUUUUUUAUCUUUAGAAGAACUAUGAUUCUCGUGGAGUGUACCUUAGAUUCUGUUGUGGAGUGUCUAGCAGUAUUUUGGGUGUUAGUCAUCGGCCGAGACUGGCAGCAGCAGAGGAUUCCGCAUUCUGCUCGUAGUUGCUUCGUGAAAGGGACGAUGACCAUGAACAUUGUUGUGUUACCAUGCUCCGCCUGCAGGGGGCAGCGAGCAGGACUACGGACACUGCGGACGGACAAAAAGAUGGAGAAAAAAGCAAUACCUACGGUCUACAUUACAAUGAUGAAUGUAUGAGUGAUCAAAAACAAAAGAAAAAAACAAAAACAAAAGACGUCAAACGGGAGCAGCGUCGGCUUCAAGGUUGAACUGAUUUUCAUUUGAUAUGUCCUCCGGUGGCCACAUUUAUACACAACCUAUCUAAAGCCCAGACAGGCUCGCUUUAUACGACUCUUUGUAUUUACAUGCUACAGGUGUGGGUUGCAAGUAUUACUAGCCUAUAAAAAAAAUACACAAAGACAAAAAAAAAGAAAAUGUAGAAACUCUGAGGCCUUCUUUUUACAGAAGCAGCAUUAAAGACAAUUGUAAUCUGUGCUUUGAAAACAGACGUGUUGAUUCUUCAUUAUUGUUCUCAGUUCUCUAUCUGUGUUCACUUCCUAAUCCUCUUUUCCUUUACUUACAAUUUAAUGUGAGUGGUGUUUGAAAUGAUUUCACAUUAAACUGAUUUGCAACCCUG